UGUCAUCAGACGGCGGUCGGCACAUUGCGGCAUCCGAUUCGUGUACCCAUCGGACCAGCGAGGACUUCAAUAGCUAUGCUGAGCUCUUGUCGGUAUUUUUUUAGCCCAUGUUAGUAUUUUCAGCACGGCCAUUAUGCAUCACGGACAAGUUAAGUGCGCGAGGUUGCGCAUAGUGGAGGAUGAAUGGAAGCUUAUCUUAUCACCACGUGACGUUUAUAUAGAUUCCAAGGUUACUGGUAUCCACAGCUCAAUAAGAUAUAUGCUAUUACGAUAUAUAUAUAUAUCCCACAUCCCGAAAGUAUUUGUAGGAAAUGGACCAAUCCCCAACAGAGAGCAACAUUCCGGACGCCCAUUACCCAGUAGAGCUCUACAGCGCUCCAGGAUGCCGCCAUCCCAACCCAAUCUUCUUCAAGUAGGGUGUUAUCCUACCAAACUACACCUAUACACCACCCAAGCCUUCGAAAGGUCAUCCAAAGACAACAAUUCGUCCCCACCCCCCGCGCAUUCUCCAUCGCAUAUCUUCGAUCCUCGAACCAUCAUCUCCCAUUACGUGAACACCUCAACCACAAUCAAGCGCCCAUCAACAAUCACAUCUGCACGACACUCCCAGCGCCCCUCCCAUUCGCCCCAUACCAAAUAAACAAGAUCCUCCCACUCGUGAACCGCCGCGAUUGCAGCCGUCCCAGUUUCAAAUACAGCACCAAUCACACCCGCGAUCGGCAGCACCCCUACCCCGCGCGCCAAUCGCACGUCACGAUAAGAGCACCCCUCGCCCCGCGCCAUAAACAACAGACCGCUGUAAUACUCCACGCUACCCAGUCAUCGGGCUAGCAAGCUGCGUGCGUGCUGCAGGUAGGUCGGCUCCGGGGUCCCAGUACGGAAGCUGGAGGGAUCGCGACUCUUAGGCAGGUACAAGUCGCCUAGGCGCGCCGGAGAUGUAUAUGAUGUGCAAGGCCACACACGAUGCUUGGGCUUGGCCGUGCU